AUGGAGAAACAAUCGCAGCCCACCGAGUACCGAAAACGGCUGCCGACAUUUGAAGAGGUCUUGUCGAGGAAAACAAGGCCUCCAGUGGACUUGUUUAUGUUCUAUCUGUUCCUGCAGCGAGAAGGAGCAGAAGACGUCCUGGACUUUUGGCUUGAUGUUCAGCAACAUGAGAAUCUGUGUCGAGCGUACUUUAAAGAUGUGCGCAAGUCGGGGAGGACAAUCAGGGAAGACUGGCCUCAGUACUGGGACUAUGCACGCCGACGGGGGAGUAUAUACGGCCAUGUGGUGGGUGCUACGCCCCAGAGUCCGACAACGAAGCGCUCGACGGUGAGCUCGGCUGGAAUGGGAGACUGGGAAAAGGGGGAAAGGGACAGGAGAACGCCUUCGCCGCUGCCCAUGAGCGGAAGACCAAUUACGCCUGGAGGGACCGGUCCAGACGGAUACAGACCUGCAAGAGCUCCGAGUGCAAUGGACGACAGAGACCCUAGGGCGACGACACCGUUUGAACGUGCGAGCGGCCUGUUCAAGCGUGCCUCGAUGCGUGCGCCCACCAUUCUGCAUCGUGAUGCGGCGAUCACUCGCGUUGACCUCGUUGCCUCUGCCGAACGCAUCUUUGCUCGUUACCUCAUUCCCGGCGCCGACAAGGAAGUCUACCUCCCCCCUGCUCUGCGAAUAAACGAUUUCCCACUCUCUUCUCACCAACUCCCCCUUCCUACUUCGCCGGCGUACGAGUCCGAGUCGGCGGCCCUUGCGCAGGUGCCAGAUAUGUUCCAUGAACAGAAGCAGUAUGUCUUCAGGGCCAUGGAACAGGAUGCUUUCCCUCGAUUCCUCAGAGCCAAGGCAUUUGGGAACUUGACGCCUGUUAGUGCCCUUGUUCGCCUGUGCGUUGGCCUAUUGGUCCUGUGGAUUGGACUCUCUGUCGGGUUCUCGUUGAUCUUUUUGGACGUCCAGCCCAAGUCGAAGCGGUUCUUCCUAUUCAUCCCCUUUACUAUCGCAUUCCUACUUCUCAUCUCCCAUCAAUACGAACUCGACCCUAUCCUCGUAUUCUUUCGCCAAUCCGAAACCACACCGUUCAGAACACUGACCAUCAAAGAACGAUACGUCAAGCAUCUGUUAUUAGGUCGAGCAGCAUGGGUCUGUCUACUCGUAGCUGUCCUCAGCGUAGUAUUCACCAUCAUAUUCUGGGCCGUACCGGGAAGGAGGUUGUAG